AUGGAUUCGUUUGAAGAGAGUCGAAAUGAAUUUCUCUGGAACUCAAGUGAUACUGGAGAAGCAUUAACAAUUUUGGACGACGAGGGAGGGCCCUUUCCUUUAUGUAUCCAAAAAGGCGAGGCUCAACAGCACCGAAGCCUGCUCAACCCUCGGAAUGGAGACAGCAAUCUGAGCAUCGGCCAGGCGCCAGUCGCAGGACGACAGGGGUGGGGGCGUCGCCAAGCCACAGGUACAAGAGUACCAGACAGCCAGACUCCAGCCAAGCACCCCCAAGCACCCCCAGUACCCGCCGAGCAAGUACUGCGUUCGGCACCCAGGUACGGAGUACCUGUUGACCUGAUUCAGGGCGGUCGGCAGCAAGCUAAAGUUGCUAAGGUUGACGACGUGGUCGUGGCCUGGGUUGUAGCCGUGGUGUGUGGUCGGUCGCGGAAGAGCCCACAGGGCGUGGCCAAGCCAUUCCCGCCCAGCCAGGCAAGUACCCUGGAAGUACUGGAUGCGCACACGUGGCCCGAGUAG